GCGUCGCCAUGGAUGAAAGGCAGAUGGUUCUGGUUGUUCUCUUUGGACUUUUUUCCUGGGAUCUCUGCUCCAUUUCUGCUUCAAUGCUGGAGACGAUUGUUCGACCUGGAGACAACAUCACCCUCUAUUGUGACUGCAGGCCGUCCACUGGAGUAUAUAUAGUCUGGUUUAGAAACUGCUCCCAUCAACACCAACCUACACUUGUAAUUAAGGCACAUAAAACCUCUAGAGAAAAGGAAAACUUACAUCAUCCUCGUUUUACAUUUUUAAAGAACCAGUCGUCCGACACGUAUGACCUGCUGAUCAUAAACGUCACUGAUUCUGAUGAAGGACUUUAUUACUGUGGAACAUUUGAACCAAAGUGGACUGAAAAUGUCUACGUCUACGGAAACAUCACCACAAGGAUCAAACUCUAUGCAGGGUCUGGUUUCCUGCAUCAGAACAUUUCCAGACCAGUGGAGGAGUGUGGUUCGUGCUGGAAGCUGCUGUUCUCUGUCUGUCCUGCUGUUUCUCUGCUCUCAGCUCUCUUCUCCUCACUGCUGGUCUACCUGCUUUGCCUGAAGAAAGCAAACAAUGAAGCUGAAAAUAAGAGAUGUGACAUUUCAAGGCAAACAGAAGGAGCUCAGGAUGAAAAUGUUUGUUAUGCUGCCCUGGAAAUCCAUCCGCCAUCACAAAGGACGAAGAGGAAGAGGACGAUCCAAAGUUCAGAUUUCAGUACAUACUCUGCCAUCAAGACAUGAGGAGAUUCAUAUUUAACACAGAAGUCUUAUUUCAGCUUUGUCUUAUUUCUAUUUACAUCUCUGUUCAUCAGUGAAGCUCUUUUCAAACCAGCAAUGACCUUUGCAGGCAGAGCUGCUGUUGCUGCAUGUUUUUAAUUAAAUGUCUAACUUUCAUUGUAGACGUCUUGAGUUCCUCUCUGAGACAGCUUAGUCAAAAACAGCAGCGAAGCUCCGACACGCCGUACCCUACUACUCUAAUACUGGUUCUAUAUUUCAGUUUGCAGAAGCUCUAGUUACAUUAAAAUUAG